CUCGGUUGACCUGCACUUUCACACGAGACGGUAAUCGUGGGGUUUGUUAUGUUUAGUUCAACUUUGGGAUGUCUUGCUGAUUGAUCAGCCCAUCCACAUCAGUUGACCACAUGAAACAGAGCUCUCUACAUCUUUGUCCGCGACCGUGACAGCGAGUUCAGCUUCGUUCAGCUUCGUUCCCUUGCCUUUGCGCCUUCAAUCGGAUGAUCCCUGAGCUCAACAUCGGCCGCAGAUCGACUUCGCUAGUUCAGGCGGUUGCUGGCAUUUUCAAGCUGCAGACAGAGCACUUUACUCACCCUUCCAUUCCACAACAACCACCAUUUGCAACGGCUACUAAUUCUAUCUGCGCGAUAUUGCGCUCCCGCUUGACAGGCGUAAGGGGGCAGCAUGUCGGUGAUCCAACUUGAGGACCUGGUCCUGUACCAACUGCGGACGAGCUAUCUGAGUGAUGUCGCCGACGGUGUCGGCGAACGUCUGUUCAACCUCAAUGAGGGCUUUCUCAACUCGGCCCCGUUCAAGGCUGCCGGGUGGCGACCCAACCCGGGCCUCAUCAAGCGGACUCAUUCCCCACCUAUCCCAACGGCAGUCGCCUCGGAGUACUUUCAGGCUCCCCGGCGCGCAGGGCUGACCCUCGAAGAUGAAGGGGAAGAGGGCGGCAUGUUCUCCGGUAGUGUGGCCGAGACCGUCGGUCCCGGCAUGGCAACGAAGCGGCGCCGGCGCCGGGAACACAUGGAGGAGGAUGAUAGCAGCGAGCUCAGCGACGAGAGCGAUGAGGAGCCUGAACAGCGCGGCGCGCAGCAGAUCAAGUUUGCCAAGAUGCCCGUGAGGCAUCGCGCCGGGUCCUCGCCGAUUCAGUCAUCCAACCUACGCCAAACGACCAGCGCGUCUUCACCCCGUCCGGCCGCUAGGAGAGGGUCGCAGUCGGCCCUCGAGGCCGUCAAGGAGAGAGCACGGCGCGAUACCGUUACGAGCAGCGAGGUGUCGUCGGAAAAUGAGUUUGACGCCUCGGCCUACCACAAGCACAGGGAGGCCGCGCGGGCCGCCGCCGCCCGUGCCGCAAAGCUAAGCGUCAAGUCGAACACGGAGCCUGCCGAGGUCGCGGAGCGCCGGAAGAGCGACCUUCUCGAAGAGGAAGAUGACGAUUCGGAUGCGUCAGACAUGUCGUCGGCGCUGAUAGAAAGCAUUGACUCGGCAUCGAUCCUGGAUGCCGUCAAGAAUCCAUUAAACACGUCCCCAAGACACCAAGUGGUCGGCACACCGCCCCGGGAGUUCACACGAAGGUCUACGAUACGAAAGUCGGCCAUGCCUGCUCCUCUGCAUAUUCCCGUCGGAGAGCUGCCGCCGCCGCGGCCCAUGAGCACCAUCCGGCCGUUGAGCAUGGUGCAACCCAAGAGCUUGCUCUCGGCCGCGCUGAAGGCAAAGAAGACGAAACCAGCACUCCCCUUCGACAGCUUUGCCUCGCUCUCGGGCCAGGGCGACCCGAAUCCCAUCAUGCUCCGGAUCUACGCGCCUUUCUCCAACGCGCCUUCGCGCCCCUUUGAAGUGCUGAUCCGGCGAACCGUACAUCAAGGGGAGGGCGGCGACAGGCCCGUCACGGUUGCCGACCUCAUCGGCCUGAGCCUCUGGCGUUAUAACGAGGAGAAGCGGGAACCGCCGCUCCCCAGCGAUAAGCUGAAUGUCAACUGGUGGACCCUACGCAUGGUCGAGGAAGACGGCGAGAUCGAUGAUGACUUCCCGCCCCUCGAACGCAAGAAGCCGCUCACGUCGUUUACCACAGCUAACAACAAGGCCAACCGGGCCCGCUCAAACUCGCGGGUCUACGACAUCUUCGGGCUGGUGCCGGCCUCGCCUGAGGAGUUUGAGGAGAACAAGCGCAGCACGCCGCAGUUUGAGCAAGAGGAAGCCGGCGAGGAGGAGGAGGACAAGGAUCUGACGCCCCGGAACACCCCAAGACCGGACGCUGGAAUGCAUCCACCUCCGGACCGGCCCCGAGAGAACCCGCUCCUCGACACGGCCUACCGCGCGAACACGACAAUGUUUGCCGAUGUUCCGCAGUCGACCCAGCCGACGAACGUGUCCUCGCGCGGGGAGAAGAGGCUGUUGCGGAUCCACAUCCAUUCAUCCGACGUUGCCCCGGGGCAGAUGAUCACGCUCGAUGUGAGCACCGACACUUGGCUGGCCGAGGUUCUCGACAUUGCCUGCCGGAAGCGGCAGCUGGACAAGGCCAACCACGUCUUGAAGCUUCCGAACUCCGGGACGGUCGUCCUACUCGACCGGACGGUCGCCUCACUGGGCAACGUCACCGACUUGGAUCUCUACAGGCGCCGCUUCGCCACCGACGGCCCUCUGAUGACCGGGUCCCUGAGCAGCUCUUCGCCCAGGCCGCACCUGUUCAGCGACAACUCCAGCUGGACCAAGGGCAAGAAGCCGAAGCUCAUGGGGACGCACCCGCUGGCGAAGGAGGUAGCGAAGCAGGAAGAGCUCGGGGUGGCGACCAACUACAAAAAGUACACGGUCUGGCGGAAGCAGCCGAUGCGGCUGCUGUCGGAAAAGUUAUUCGCUAUCGAUGGCGAGUAUGUGCACAUCAUGCCUGCAUCGGGCGGCAAGCUGGCCGAGGGGGAUGGCAAAUCAACCACGGUCCACUUCAGCAACGUGGUGGGCUGCAAGGUUUCGCGUAAGCACCCGACAAACUUCAAGGUAUGUGCAAACAGCAGCUCCCUCAGGACACCCUCGGCUGGUUGGCUCACAGGGAGGGGAACAACAGCUGGUGGUGUACAAAUCGACCGAGAGCAAGAGAUAUGACUUCGUAACGAGCAGUGCCGAGUACGCAGCAGAGAUCGUUGCCGAGCUCAAGAAGGGCAUCUCACCGUAC